AUGGUAAGUGAACUCCCUCCCGAGUUACCAUUUGAAAGACGAGCAAUAGAUCUCUGGACGGCGGCGGUCGUCAGCGCUAUCACGGUCUACUGGUUCGUGUGGGUGAUGAGCUCGGCGGAAGUGAAAGGUAAGCGGGCAGUGAACCUUAAGAUGGGAUCGAUCAUGCAGGAUAAGGUGCAGGACAAGUACAAGCAGUACUGGUCCUUCUUUCUCCGCUCUAAGGAGGGCAUUGUCGCCGCGUCCGAUGACGAUAACGUCCCUGCCUUCAUCGACACCUUCUACAACCUCGUCACAGACAUCUACGAGUGGGGAUGGGGGCAGUCCUUCCACUUCUCGCCCUCACUUCCCGGCCGCUCCCACCGGGAAGCCACACGCAUCCACGAGGAGCCCGCCGCUGAUCUGAGAGAUGGGGAUCUCAUCUCUCAGAGAAGCCAGAGAAGCCACCGCAGCGAUCUAGCAAUCGAAGGCUCGCCUUCUCCAUUAACGAUGUGCGACGAGUCGCCUUAGGGCUUCAAAGGCCUCCUGAUCGGUCUAAUCUUGUUCAAUCCGAUGCCAAUCUCUCGUCGAUGGAGGACCAGCUUGGGGAUGGGUCGGCGCCUAGUUCCAGUCCCAUGUUGCUGAAGGCUAAAACAGUCCUUCCUGAAAAAUACGAGUUGCUGUGUGAAUUUUUCAAUGCCAUGGAGGCCUCCAUUCGUUUACAUAGGCUAAAAGGGGCAUCGAUGCUUACCUUUUCCAACGUCUGCAACACUAUGCAACAUUUGACAGA